AUGCAACGAACCUUGCUCACACAAACAAAGUCGUUGAGGACUCCACUUUCCAAUCUACAAGUGACCAAAAAAGUUGAGAAAAUAAUAUCUGAAACGAAGGAGUUUAUGCUAGACUUUAAUGCUGCAGCUGAAGCGAAUGUUGUCAAGGCUAACGAAGCCAUUUCGAAGCUUAGCACUUCGCAUAAAUCUGAACGUGAGAAGAUGGAAAAGCUUCGUUCAGGUAUCUCUGAUGACAACACAACCUUUAACUCUUCGAUUUCUAUGAUGCUCACGAAGUUCAAGAUGAUUUGGCCAUUCAAAGCAAAAUCAUGGAUGAGCUUGCUCUUCGCACCACAUAAGUCCGUGCUCAAACAAUCAAGCUCAAGCACACAAAGUUAG